GUUUUUCGCACUUUUUUUUUUUUGUAUGGAAACGAUCGACGAGGCGAUGCACAGUCACACGCCAGCAGCUGAGUUGCCGACGAGCCAAACGCAGACGGCCGCUGCUGAGCCGCAGAGACCAACAUUCAAACGCCAAGCCAGCGAGCAACUCGACGAUGCUACAACUACUGCUGCAGAGCCUGUAGAGCCUGUAGAGCACGACCAGCAGCAGCUGGAUGAGCCGUCGCAAGCGUCCACGGAGGACCGUCGCGGUGGCUGACAGCGCACCAGUGCUCGCGCGGCUGCUGCAAACGUCGUCGCUGCUGCGCAACGGCCGGUCAUGGAAAGCACGCAGCCCGUUGGCUUGGCAAUCAAGACAGACACCACGAGCCGAUGAAUACUGGCAGCGGAGAAGACGACAAGAGCAACACGCACUCUGGGGACGCAAGCGAUAGUGAGAGUGACGACGACCUCGUCGACCAACUGUCACUCCGUGACCGGCUCAUUCUGGCGCUGCGUGACGUGCUGUUUGGGGGCGUGGACGCACACCAUCCUCAUGGCCGAAGCAACGCCCAGGGGUUGUCGGGUGCGGUAGCCGAUGCGUCGCGAUUUUCCGCAGACUCUGCGCCUCCGUCCCCGCGAGGACGGAUGAGCGCAUCCAUGCGUGCUGCAGCAGCAGCAGCUGCUGCUGCUGCUGCUGUUUCAACCUCUGCCUCGGUACCGACAUCGGUGCGUGGGUCUCCAACACCGUUUGCAGAUGAGAAGCCGUCAAUCAGGAGCGACAGCAAUAGUAAUCCGGCCAGGCCUCGCGGACUGCGAUCCUACGUCGAGGUGCAAGCACAUGGUGGUGCAUCUGUUGUCCACGUGUACCCAGCGGACGCCGAGCUGCUGAGCACACAGGAACGAGCGCUGUUUGCCGAAGCAUGCCUCGAAGAGAUUUUGUCGGAAGAUCCCAUCACUGGCCUCGCCCGCCACGUCAUUGGCAUUGUGCACCAGGGCGGAGCCGAUCUUCCCAACCACUUCCGCAUGCUUGUACGCGACCACCCCGCAACGCGCAUUGUGCGCGAGGCGUUUGGGCAAAAGAACAUGUCCGAGUCGACCCAAAUUGCCGACUAUGCCAAUGCGAUCGAUGCCUCUUUCAGUCACGGCACCCAUCGUGCUGGAGGCAUGCGCCCAAUCUCCAUGGUCGGCUGCUUCCAAGAAGAGCUGGGCGGAUACUUCCCGGAGCAUCUGGCGCUUCUCGAAAGCAAUCCGUUUUUGCGCGUUGUCAUGCCGUGGGGUCCCAUUUCAGUCCUCAAAGGCCUUCGUCCGCAGGAUAGCAAUGACGGGCCCAUUCUAUGGGUGCGACCUGGCGAGCAAGUCGUUGCGCUGUCAGAACUCGGGGCGACCACGCCAGACAGCGGUCGUCGUCGCGGCGGAGAUGCCACCACCGGCUCUACUCCCGGGCGAGGCGAGCGCCGAAAAAAGGACCAGCUGGAAUACUUGUACAUUCGUCCGCGUGUUGAAAGCCCUCGAGAAAAGCUCGUGGAAGAUCGAACGGGUUGUCACGCAGACCACGCAGGGCUCAUCCCAUUCAGGCACACAGUCGCUGCAGUCGGGUUGCUGCAGCCGGUCAGUCAAGUCACAGCGCAUGGCCGCCAGUCGCAGCAUUCGCGAAGCAUGCAAAUUGAGGACGCCCGCGUCAAGGGCGACUCUCAACGGCUCGCAGCCUUGCUCGCCGAGGACGAAGUCUUUAUGGAGGCGAGUGUGACUGGUGCUGUUCCGACGACUGGGGUUGCUGCGGCCGCGGCUACUCGGAUGCAAUUGCAGCCCACCUCUGUGAUUGCGUGCAAGGAUGUGAUUGCCUUCCACGCCGAAAGCAUGCAGACGGUAGAGAACAUGAUUGGCCUGGACUACAACGAGGAGCCCGCCGAUCAGCUCUUGGACCCUCAGCUGUGGGUUGAAGAUGCCAAGCUCAACCAGAUGCGAAGAAGCGGCAUCAAGCAUGCGCGCGUUCGCCUCGACCUCGGCGACAUUUACUUUAUCCCUCGUCGGGUGGUGCACCAGUUCAAGACGGUUGCCGCCAGUGUUAGUGUCACUUGGCAUCUCCGCUACAAGCGCUACCGCGAGUUUGCAGACAAUUUGGAGAUGGGUGUUGCCGCCGCAGCUGGCUCUGGACCAGGCAUGAUGUCGAACGGCGCGCCACGCAAGCGGUCACGCAUGAGUUCGAUGAAGAGCAUGCGGUAACUAGAAAUGGACCGGUUUGCAACUUGGCAUCUCAUUUUCUUUCACAACCCUCUCGAUCCAAACUGCUGUCGAGUGCGUGUGCAUCUUGUUGCCAAUCGCGUUGUGUGUUGUUAAGCUUGUUGGAGAUUGAAAUGAUAAACUGCUGUUGUUGAAUACAAUGUAUAUUCUAAACUGA